GCCCCCCCCCUCUUCUCUCUUGUUAGCACUGGAGACUGUUUCUUUAACUGCCAGUUUGUUUGAUCUGCAAUAUUGGCCUGUGACUUUAUUUAUAAUUUUAAAAAUUGCAGAAUUUAUUAGAAUCUAAAACAUUUAAAUGACCUUGUGCAUGAAAUGUUUUUGGAGGCUGAGUUCAUCACUCACAAUCUUUUAGCCCCUCCAAAUUUGAUGGCUAGUGCAAUUCUUCAAAGCUGCACUUAAACUGAGAUUGUUUAAACUGUUGCCCUCGUUCUCCUGCUACCAGUGUUAACAAGUGUUCUAGGCAGAUGGCUUUGUUAAGCUUGUGCAUUUGAGUAGUGAAAUCUUUGUUGUCACCAGCCUUAACUUGUUAACUUGUGAAACUGGCUCUUGAGACACACACUCAGAUCUCCAGUUAUAGUGAGUGUCGUUAUUGGAAGAGAAAAUAUUAUUCUAUCAUGUAGUAGUACUACUUGCUGCAGUGCAGCUGAAUUGGCAGAGAAUUAGUUUUCUGGGGGAGGUAUUAGCUGUUACGUUGAUCUGUGCUCUUUAAGCACAGCUUCAUUACUUCACAAAUGUUGGGUAGAAUGCUGUGGUUUUAUUUCCCCCCCCCUUUUUGAAGAAUGUUGGCCAAAUGCAUCAAAAUGAACCAUCUGACCUAAAAUGUAGCAGGAAUUCAUUCUCUGUGCUUUGCAAGUUAGUUGGCUUUCCUAAAAGCAGCUAACAAAAGAUGCUUUGCUAAAAAAAAAAACAACCUGAGCAGGUUGGGCUGCACUUAAUGCACAGAGAUGGGUUCAGGCAAUAACACUGACUGCACUGCUUUUUGUACUCAUGUCCAGAGGGGAGAGAAGUGCAUGUUGGUGCAGAACAUUGGAAAAAAAUUGCCAUGGAGGGGGAAUGGGCAUGAAGGAUUACAAAAUUACUUAGUCGGACUGCUUGUUUAAAAAAAAGAAAAAAAACGUGGGCACCUCAGACUGCUGAGUUUAUGGCUUAUUUUUCUGCCCUCUAUUGCUUUGGGUUUGGGUUAUAUAUUUUGGGUUUACCUUCUGCAUUUUUAUGCAACAUGAAAACCUUGAUUUGCAUUAAGGUUCUCUGAUCAUUUGUUUGUUCAGUCAGAACCUUCUUGUGAACAAGGUUCCCUUUAUUACGGUGAGAUGCUCUCUUGACUGUUCUAAUCAAUGAGAAGUGUUACUGCACAUUUAAUUUAAGCUCUUUUUAAAAGAUUAGUGUGACAAUGUUGAUUAGUUAAAGAUAACCCUUUUUAUUUCUCAUUGGUUAGGACUCUGAUCCCUGUUCUCUUAAUUCUGCUGUUGUCCCUGAAAUACUUGCACAUCUGAUUUGGCUGUUCUGAUUUUUUGGGGGGGUGGGGGGUUCUGUUAAAAGUAUCCAAAUUAAUUAUGCAUUAAUUAAGUGAACAGGGAUCUAAUUGUGCAGGCACUUGGCAGCUGUCUGUUUUUUGUCAGCCCACUGACAGUAAUUGCCACAGCAAAUACUUUCAAGGCUAAAAUCAAGGACCUUUCAAGGUUUGGCGUAUUGCUACCUUUUGAUGGGAUGCUGCUUUACUGCCAGUGGCUGGCAUCUUGAGAACCUUAAAGACUGAGACAAGAGCAUCUUGCCCUGGAUUGGGUGACUAAUUGGACAGUUCAUGUAACCAAAUUGUCUCAUUCUUUAAGGUCUUUUUUUAAAUUAUGGGGUGGUUAAAUUAGUGCACUUGCUGCCCUGAUGCACAUGUUCAUCCUCUCUUGAUAGUUGUGACAUAUUUACGAUCACACAGCUUUUGUGUAAAAAUUGGCCGUUCCAUCAAUCAUCUGUUGAGGAGGAUAUGAGAGGAGUCCUUAAGGGAUUUCUCUCAAAACUGAUGCAUCAGUAAAAAAAAAACAUGGGGAGGAGCCUCUGGGCAUAAAAAAAAAAAAACAAAACAGGAUGACAAGAUCUAACGAUCCAAAGUUAUGAUAAUGGGUAUAAAAAAAGGUUUGAAAAAGUUGCCCUUAGAUUUGGAUUCUUUCUUUUUUUUUUUUUUUUUUUUUUCAAAUGAAAUGUUCAAGUGAAGUACACGUUAUUAAAGUAUCCAAAUUUAAGAGAAGAAUUUAAAGCCUGAGUUCAUUUUUUGUUUUUUGGUCAGAAAAUUGGUCUUUACUUAAUUGGCAGAAUUUUCAGUGAAGCUAGUUUUACAAUGGACUUAAGUUUAAAGAAUGUCAUGAAUAUUAUUGGGGACGUUUUGUUGACAAUAAAGCUCACUGAAAUUUAUUGUGUCCUCAGCGUUUUGUUUUCCUUGCCUACCAUUGCAGUGUCCUGUUAAACGGUUGUUUCAAAGCUAGGUGUCAGUAUGUCGCCACUGUUCUGUCCUCAUGUGUUUAUAUAAACUCUGACCUAGAGGCUGUUCUCAGACCACAGUCUUACUCAUACUCUGGUGUCACCUCAGUUUAUACCUCAAAAUGCAUGGAUUGAUGGUAUUUUGCUUUUCAUCAGUUGCUCUUUUGGCCAGUGUAAAGAGUGCUUUUCCACCACCGUGUGACAGUCAAAUAUACUGUACUGGGCCCAUCUUGGAUCAGGUACAGAAAGCUAAACUGUUUGAUGAUGAUAAGUACUUUGUUGACAUGAAGUUGAAGGUAAUGCCCGAAGUCGUGUUGUCGGCUUUUCACAACCUUUCAGAUGAGACGUCAGACAUGAAGGUCCCGCCUGCCAAACUGCAGGAGUUCCUCAGUGUGUACUUUGAGAAACCAGGGACAGAGUUUGAGUCAUGGACGCCACCGGACUGGCACGACAAGCCAAAGUUCCUGGGAGGAAUCGCAGACCAAAACCUACGUGACUGGGCUGAAAAGAUACAUCAUCUGUGGAAGUCUCUUGGCAGGAAGAUCCACACCGGCGUUAAAGAUCACCCAGAGCUCUACUCGCAGAUAUAUACCCCACAUCCUGUUGUCGUGCCAGGGGGGCGCUUCAGGGAACUCUACUAUUGGGACUCCUACUGGGUCAUCAACGGGCUCCUGCUGUCAGAGAUGACAGACACGGCCUACGGGAUGAUUCAAAACUUCCUCUACCUUGUCAACAGAUAUGGCUUCAUUCCAAAUGGUGGGCGGAUUUACUAUGAAAGGCGCAGUCAGCCUCCAUUCCUCACUCUAAUGGUGGAGAGCUACUAUCAAGCAACCAAGGAUAAAGAUUUCCUCAGAGCAGCUUUACCGGCUCUGGAGAAGGAGUACCGCUUCUGGAUGCAGAACCGUUCUGUGGCUGUGAAAGUAAAGGGGGCGGAGCAUGAACUGAAUCGGUAUGAUGUGCAGGUGGGCUUGCCCAGGCCUGAAUCCUACACGGAUGAUCUGGAAUUAGCUGAAGGGCUCACUGAUGACCGCAAAGAGCAGCUGUGGAUGGAUCUGAAAGCGGGUGCAGAGUCUGGUUGGGACUUCACAUCUCGCUGGUAUAUAGAUGGUGACGGCCACAACAACGGCACCCUCACAGAGACCCGCACCAGUCAGAUCCUGCCCACUGACCUCAAUGCUCUGCUGUGCCUCAAUGAGAAGACUCUCGCUUCAUUUCACAGGAUACUGGGUGACGGUGACUCAGCUGCACUGUAUGACCAGGCUGCAGCUCGCAGACUGGAGGCGGUGGAGUCCGUGCUGUGGGAUGCUGAGAGGGGAGCCUGGUUUGACUACAACCUACUGACACACUCGAAACACUUUGAGUUUUACCCCUCCAACCUGGCACCUGUUUGGGCUCAGUGCUAUUCUCGGCCUGAGAUGGGAGAGAAGGCGGUACAGUACCUGAAGGGGAGUGGCGCUCUACAGUUCCCCAACGGAGUUCCAACAUCACUGAGAGAGUCUGGGCAGCAGUGGGACUAUCCUAACGCAUGGCCUCCUUUACAACACGUGCUCAUCAGUGGUUUAUCCAAACUGCCUUCAGAGGAUGCUAAACAACUAGCAUUUGACUUGGCCCAGCAUUGGAUCAAGACAAACUGGUUGGCGUACAUGAAGUAUGACGCCAUGUUUGAAAAGUACGAUGUGAACGGAGAUGGCAAACCUGGUGGUGGAGGAGAAUAUGAAGUUCAGCUGGGCUUUGGUUGGACCAAUGGCGUGGCGUUACAGCUCCUGGACCAGUAUGGGGCAACUCUCACCUCAGGAAGCAGACGUGUGUCUUCUGGUCUCCUGCUGCCUUUAGUCAUCUCAGCCACUCUCAUGCUCCAGUGAAUCAGAGGUGACAACUGAGCCUGACAGGAGGCUGGAUUUUUAUUAUUCUCAGUCUCACUGCACUACAUCGCUCCCGUCCACUGACGAAACUUCAAGCAAACACAAAAUGACGUUAAAAAUCAGAUAUUUUUCUACAUCCUGAUCAAUUUUAUUUGCAGAAGGAACAGGAUAUGAUCCUAACUAUCAUAACUCAGAAUUGCUUUGAUGAAUAUUUUAGUAUUUAUCCUCGGAGGUAGGCUACAUCAUCUCUGGCGUUAUGAGAAGAUGCAGAUUAUUUAGGCACUUCUGGACUCUCUCUAGUAAUACAGCCUGUUAGUGCUCACUGCUGCUGCUCGGAUCACAACACUAAGUUGUCUCAGAUAUUGAAGUGACAUCACAAAAAGUUAUUCACUUAAUUCAAUUAUAAAGUUUAUUGCUCUAUUGUACCCUAACUCCCACUGAGGCUUUCUGUUUUGCAUUGUAAACGAGCUUGUGAAAUAAACUCUGAAGUGAAAUGCAUUAAUAAUGUUUAAAAUGUAGUAGCCUUUAUUAUAUGUGACUCCUCGUGACACUUUUAUUCAAUUUUUUUGCAAGUCAACUAAAGAGUUUUAGAUGGUGUUGGUAUUGUAAUGUCACAUAUUAAAUCCUGUAUAGUGAUGAAUUCCUGCACAGAGUUAUUGAUAAGUCUAUUUAAAAUGCAGUGUUUU